AUGGUGGACGAUGGACGACAGGUCAUGCAGCAGGCGGCAGCUGCAAGGCCCGUCUGCCCCGCAUGUCUCGAUCUGGACUACAGCCUGUACGACGCGCCGCUGAGGGAGCCCUUCUUCUACCAAGGCCAGGGGCUGCGGUACCACAUAACCUCGUUCUGGGAACUGGAGAAGCGCGCGACGCAGGGCUGCCGCAUCUGCGCCGUCCUGCACCGCGGCAUCCAAGCCGUCUGGGACGUCAAGCGCGUCGGGCUGACGGGCCAUGCGAUGCGCGAGUGGGAGCAGUACCGCUCCAAGGCCACCAUGGGCCCGCCCGAUCGCAAGGACUCUAAAAUGGACGACGUCGCCUGGCAGCGCGAGGCCAGUAAGAGAACCUCGGAGGAGGACGAGAACGACAAGUUCUACCGGCCCUGCAUCGAAUUGCGCCCGGGACGCAGCCUGCUCGUCUCCAACGCCCUGUACAAGCGCGUGGUGCAGGCUGAGGGGCACUGGGGCCGCAAGUUGGGCCAGAAUCCGCUGGAAUUCGAGCACUUCCUGAGGCGGGCUCCUCUGGAGUUCUACAGCCAGCCCGGACCAGCAACCACCAUCCACCCGGCAUUCGGACGCAAAGAGCACAUCCCCGCCGCCCUCACCCCCGAGCACUACCAGCGCAAGCUCAACCAAUGGCUGCGCGCAUGCAGCACCCACCACCGCAUCUGCUCCGACACCUCUACGACCGCCAACCCGCCCAAGCGCCUCAUCUACAUCCACCCGGACGGCGACGACCGGCACCUGCGCCUGAUCGAGACGGCGCGCUUCCCGGGCUUCGCCGGCGCCGCCUACACGACCCUCAGCCACUGCUGGGGCAACGAAUCCGACGCCCUGGCCCUCAAGAAGACGGUGCGCGCCAACCUGGACGCCCACCUCGAGCACCUGCAGGUCGAAACGCUCCCGCGCCUCUUCCGCGACGCCAUCACCGUCACCCGCAUGGUCGGCUGCCGCUUCCUGUGGAUCGACUCGCUCUGCAUCAUCCAGGACAGCGCCGACGACUGGCGCCACCACGCGUAUCGCAUGGCCGACAUCUACUCCCACUCGCACCUCAAUAUCGCGGCUACCGCGCUGCCCAAUUCGGCGGGGAGUUUGUUCUUUUCGCGGACGCAUGUGUAUGAGCCUGGUGCGUUUGAUAGGGAGAAGGUGCAGACGAUUAGUAUGGAGGCGAGGGAAGUGAGCGGUGGCGGUGGGGGUGGUGGUGGAGGGGAAGGAGGAGUGUGGGUGCGGCCCUUCCCGCAGAUCACGCACGGCAACUUCCUGCUGCGCAGCCCGGAAGACCCGGCCAACCCGCUGCUGCAGCGCGGCUGGGUGUUUCAGGAGCGCCUGCUGAGCCGGCGCACGCUGCACUGCACCGCGUCGGAGCUGGUGUGGGAGUGCAGGGCGUGCACCUGGUGCGAGUGCGGCGAUCUCGGGGACUGCAACGACGACGAUGAACAACAAGAAGACGAAACGCAGGCCGUGCAGCAGCUCCCCACGAAGACGCAGUUCCAGAACAUGUUCGAACCGGACUCGACGCCCCAGUCCCUGCUCUACGACUGGAUGUCCAUCGUCACCCGCUACAAUCACCUACAGUUCUCACACCCGCGCGACCUGCCCUUCGCCUUCGCCGGCGUCGCGCAGAAGGUCGGCGACCGCAUCAGGGACAGCGGUGGGAGCUACGUGGCUGGCUUGUGGACGGCCGAUCUGCCGAGGAACUUGCUGUGGGUGGGCAAUAAGAAGCGGAUCGGCCACGACGAGGGCAGCCGCGUGUAUCCCGUGGAUUGGGAGAAGGCUGACGGAGGACCGCCUAGCUGGUCGUGGCUGUGGUAUGCGAGCUGGCCUGGCGCCAGGAGCGCGCACUACUACGGGUAUUUGGAGAGGGUCGAGGUGGAUGCGGACGCGGUGGUGGAUCUGGAGCGCCUCAUUUGUAACACUGAAGAUGGGAACCCGUUUGGGAGCGUUGUUGAAGGUGUCUUGAGGAUGCGCGGGCGUGUUAUCCGGGGGAAGCUCCGGACGGGUGAACCGAAAUUGGUCCCGAAGGGCUUCUCGUACAGCCACGUUAGAGAGGAUGCGUACGUCACCUUUGAGAAGUUUGGCCGCACGCUGGGGUUCCCGAUUGGCACUGAUUGCUACCUCUUCGUUCGAGACUCGGAGGGCCAGGAGAUCGAGCAGGAAGUUACAUGCUUGCUCUGA